AUGACGGACGACGAGGCGGAGCGCCUCUCUCCAUUUCAAUUAGGGGACAUGGAGAAGAAGGGAGGAGGAGGAGAAGGACAAAUGGAGAUACGACCCACACUCUCAAGUUUUGUCCGGCUUUGCCUGCAAACCGAGUAUGGACCUUCUAAAUUCCAAAAACUCACUAAAAUCGGAGCCAAACAUGAUGUGACGGUACCAUCGACGACUAGAAGCAGCGCCGCGUCGACGCCAACUACCGCCACAAUGACGCUCCCGUGGGCGAUAUCGCAUGAGGGGAAGAAGAAGAGGCAACCGUACAAAAAGGAUCAAAUCUCACGGCUCGAAUACGAGUACACUGUCAAUCAGUACUUGACGAAUAAGCGGAGAGCCGAUUUGUCGGCUCAGCUGAGUUUAGACGAGAAACAGGUCAAGGUCUGGUUUCAGAACCGCCGAAUGAAGGACAAGAAACUGAAGCAACGCAUCUCGGGACCGUUUCCCCUCGGAGCCCCAGUGACUCCGUGUAUUGAACGAUUGAUUAACUAG